AUGUCAAAUGUAACCAAUACAGAGGCGACGUGUCAUAGUUACAUACGUGUUAAAUACUUUGUUUCCGGUAGUGCACAUGCCGUGUCGACGUACACACAGACAGUGACUUUGCUUGAGGGUAGUUACGGAGCCUGGACGACGUCACACGGGAGAUGACAAAGUUAGGUGUGUACUUUUCAGGACAAUGCCACAAACAAGUCAAGUAUACUAUAAGUGCAAAUGAGGACAACGUUUUGCUGAUAUAUUCUGAUACAAACCAAUAGACCGUUAACAGGUUUAACAGUUCUCAAUACUCCUGGACAACGGUUUAACCACUAAAUACCUUCUAUUGAUUGAACGGGAGUGUUUGUUUCAUAAACGCGUCAACGGGCCUCUGAUUCCGGUUCGUAUGCUAACAGAGGAUAGCCACACUCGGUGGGUGACCGGGCGACUGGAAACAAGGGAUUUUAGCUUCAGCCAAAUUACAACAGCUAAAGAAAACUUUUUUCUGCCGAAUCAUGUGAGGAUAUCUUUAAAUGAAAAUAUGUGUUAUCCCCGAGCAGUAUGUGGGCAUAUUCGAUAAAGGACUUUGACAAAAAUUGUAUAUGUGCGCUGAAAUAUAUACGAUAAAUUGCGGACUGUACAAGUAAGUCGCCAGGUAAAUAUAUAAAAUUCAGACGCCAUCCCGACAAAAAAGUUGUCAACCCAAUAUACAGGCGUAUGUUGCUUUAUAUAGAAGUUCUUAAUAUUGUAAUCGUGUUUUAUAUAUCAUUCACGGUGUACAAAGUCGGAUAAAGGGACAAACAUAUUUGACUUUGACGUAUGACCAUACAGUGUGAAUCAAUUAUCGAAUGCGUGAGUGAAAACCGACUGUCGAAUUCAUACUUGAAAACAUUUGACAUUAAUCGAUAUGGCUGUUGGGGAUUAUCAGGAUUUUCGUCCGGAAUCCGGAAAUACCAGCAGCAAUAUUACCGUGAAUCUCAAAGGUAACUUCGAGAACGAAACAUGUCUACCCCACGCAUACCCCUUUGCAUUUGGCGUGUAUGGGGUGCUAUGUCCAAUCAUCUUCGGUGUGACGCUUAUCACAAACGUCCUGGUCAUUGCGGUGUUUACCCGGAAGAAGAUGCGAUCCCCUACAACUAUACUUUUGAUUGCUCUAGCAAUGAGUGACACUAUGUCGGGAGGGGUCAUUAGUUAUUUAUAUGUGUACAUCUAUGGGCUGGGUCACGCUGAUACCCCUAUGGAUUACCCUAUGUGCUAUUUUUACGACUACUUGUCUCACUUAAGCUCCUUGUUCCAUACAGCCUCCGUUUGGAUUACCACGUGUUUGGGCAUUCAGCGCUACAUUGUCAUAGCGCACCCCUUUGUGGGGCCAAGACUCUGUACAAUCCGGGUUUCCUUGUAUAGCGUGUUGGGGAGUCUGUUUCUCGCAGCAGCAAUGUACACCCCAAGAUUUCUCUACACGAAUUACGAUUUCAUCCGAGUCGUUGAUGAAAACGGAUUUACGCAAGAUAUGUGCCUUUGUCAUGACAAUCCAGACAUCUCGGAAAAGUACGAGAGACUUGUAAAUAUCUUUCGGUGUGCCCUCGGCCAACUGGUGCCUUGUACUCUACUGAUAGUGACGACAUUUCUGCUUGUCCGGAAGUUGAAAUCAGAAUCUAAGCGGAUAUUACUUUUACACGCGCACGAGGAAAACGAACGAGAGCGCCGAGACUUUCGGCAGAUCAAACGGACCUCCCAAAUGAUUAUUAUCCUCGUCGUCAUGUUUAUACUAGUAGAACUCCCGAAUGGAAUGGUGUUCGCCAUUUUGUUUUAUGACAAUACGUUAUUCAGCAGUCUGACUACGUUAUAUCUCGCCGUCAUUCUCAACGUUCUCGUUUACGUGAGUUUUCUUGUGAACUUUUGGAUUUAUGUUUGCCUUAGUGCGCAAUUCAGAAAAUCUCUCAGCGAUUUACUGCAAUUUCGAGAAUGCUUCAAGAAAAUUUCAAUGAAACGAAUGCAUACAACAACUACAUCUUUGGAUUUCGACUAACUAGUUUGCAUGAGCGAAUUUGACAAGAAUGACGUGAAUGUAUCAACAACAUUUUGAGCCAUACUACUAAGACACACCACAUAGGUUUUAACACUAAAUAUUUCAUAAUUUAUCCGGAUUAAUGAAUUUCCAUGCUAAUAUUCAAAAAUGUUUUUGUUUCGGAUGACACGUGACCGGAGUGACACGGUUCCUGUUUUAAAGGUUGGUAUGGUCUCCGAGGGUAGCAGUGAAUCGUGAUUUAUUUCAACGGAGAAAACAAAUAAAUAAGUUAAAUAUUCUCACCUACUGUUUGUCACAAACAUUUUGUGAGCUGUACAUGUUCGCGGUAAUUUGUUUUAGAGUAUUGACAUUUGCAUUUGUAAGUCGACUGUUUACCUUCUGGAAAUUUCAAACUCGGAAAAAAGUCAAUCUAUUCCAGCACGUAGUGUAAAAAAAGUGUUCUACAGUUUUCUUUUUAUCACAUACCUUAGUAAAUUUUCCCUGUAAUGGUUUAGCUAUGAAUAUCGGUAUUAUGCUUAUUCUUAUAUUAUAUUUGCCCAAUAUGCUUGUAAUUCAAAAGUUCCUGAUAACUGAUACACAUAGUAAUACGUUUAUUGGAAAUAAGUGAAAUGAAACCUGUUACUCUUUUUAACAAAUACGCUGAAAACAAAUCUGUGCUGAUGACAAGGUCCUGUUUUUGACUCAAUCAAAGAUUUGUCUCGUACACGUUAAGUUUAGCAAUAAUUAUUUGCUUUAACGAGUUAGUCUUUACAAAUACCGCACGGAUUCAUAAUAAUCGUGUUUUAUUUUACUCGUAAUUCAAUUGUUCUGAAUAAAGUUUUCUGGUGAGUCAUUUAUUCGAAAUAUUUGAGUGAUGUUUAAACCGCUUACUUUGGAUCAACUAUCUGAUCGCGAUCUGAAAAUAGAGAAAAAAUGUGUACAUAGUGGAUGCUUAUAUUCACGUGAUAAUUUAGCGAUUUCUCGAGUAACAAACUAGACAGCAAGCACGAAUUCACUCGCGAAAAAAGGAGUUCGCAAGAGUUUAUUAUAUUUGCGCAAAUAUCGCCACAUACUGUUUAUAAUGAAUACACUGAAAAUUAUCUACCGCAAAGUUACUAGUCUUCAGUUCUUACGACAUCGCAAAAAACAUUCUCUCGUGAAUACCACAUAUGACCAUUUUAUUUAUUUGUGAAAUUUGUAUCGGUGCAUUAUUUGAGGUUAAUUUUGUUUUUAUGAAGAGUAUAAAUGUUAGUGUAAACUGUAGCGGUUCCUGCUACACAUGUAUAUAUAACGGAUUUUUACCGAUUUCCGGUUUUAUUUCCAACAAAACUCUACAUCAGAGACAUCUUUUAAAUGUAACUUCAUUUUGUAAACAUAAUACAACAGUUAUCCUGAUGGUAGGUUUUAAUUUAUUAAAGUGCCAGGCUGGUUUCUUGAACAUCAUUCAAUAUCCAUUUGCUUACUUUGAAAAAGACACACAGAGGAAAUCACUAUGAAGGUCGAGAUCCUCGUGUAUCAGAACGUCUAUGUUAGUGUAGGUGUAGAAUGUGUACCAGCUGGCCGUUACACGCAGUUAUCAUUUGUGACAGGUUAAAAUGGGUCGUGUCACUAACUACCUACCAGGUGUUACCAGUGUUCAUGCAUGUGUGUGGCAGCUCUAACUGUGUCCUCAUGGAUAUCUCAUUCAUUUGCUGAAAUUCAAUAAAAUCAUUAAUGUAACUACAUUUAGUGAGCUUGUUCAUUAUGGGUAAUAAAACAUUGUAACACUGCCAUUUAAUUG